ACAAACCAUAGAAUAUUAUAAGAAAAAUUAUUAAUUGCAUUUUAAUAUAUAAAGUUUAUUAGAAUUGAUAAUACUUUACUUUUUAGAUUUCAUUUUGUGCAGCCAUUAUUUACAUUUCUUAUGGAAAUUAAAAAUUUUUGUAAUCAAUGACAAAAAACAAAACUAUUACAAUGCGCUAUAAAUAAAAAAAUGAUAGUGUACUUUUCAUAGAAUUAGUGCUUUAGAAGACAUUGCAGUAAUCAAUUUUCUUUUGCGCGGAUAUAUAUAUAUAUAUAUAUAUAUAUAUAUAUAUAUACACACACACAUACCAUACACACACGUGCAAAAGGUUAUGUGCAACAAAAUACUGCUUAUUCAUUAUGAAAAUGAUUUUUGUUGCAAAAAGGUAUAUAAAACUAACACAAAACUGAAUAUAAAAAGAUUUUAUAUUGUAUACGCAUAAUAAUAAUAUUGAUCUUUUUUAUAACCUUAAUAAUUAUAUUCCUUAUCAUAUUGGUUCGAAAAUACAUAUUUAGAUUAUAAAAAUUAUUCUAAACGAGCAAAGAAGAAAACAACAAAGGCUUCCAAAAACAUGUCAUGAAUGAACAUACAGAAAAUUCUUUACCUCAUACUCAAGUUAUAAGAAACAUGAAUGCAGGAAAUAUAUUUUACAUGCCACUAACUUCUUUUGCUGAGAUGUGGUACCAGAUAUUCUUGUGGGCAUUGUUUUCUUCUAUAUUUGUUCAUAUGAUAGCUGGUACAAUUUGUUUUGCCACUUUACGGCAACAUAAGUAUGGAAAAUUUUUUCCACUCCUUAUAAUAAUAAUGGGUAUAUUGCUACCAUUGACAUCAGGGGUAUUAAGUUCUGCUGCUGUUGCAUUUGUUUAUCGAGCAUCGAGUCAUCAAAUGCCACCAUUAUAUGCAUUAGUAUGGGGGAUUGGGCAGACAUUUGUUGCUGCUUGUGUUGGAUUCACUAGAAUCUUGGCAACUUUAUAAUAUAAAAAUAUGAUUAAACAGUAACAAAAGAUAACAGUAACAACUAACAUAAUAAUUGUGAAUCGAAUUUUAAUAUAUAAUUACAACUUGUAUAAAUAUGUAGCAUAAAUUUAUAUUAUUAUGCUUCAGAUUUUUGUGAUUUUACAUGAGUAUUAAUAUUAUCAGGAAUCGCUUUUAUUUGCUCCAAUUUGUUGUUUAAUGCUUCUUGUGCUUCCAUUUUUUCAAUAUUUUCGGAAGAUGAUAUGCUACUUCUUACUAAAUCUGCAAAAUAAUGCGAUAAUUUUGUUAUAAAUAUUUAAACAUUAUGCUACCAACAUGUAUAAGUUUAAUUCAUAUACUGUCCAUAAAAUCUUAAAAUAAAGUUAUUAAUGUUAUGAUA